GCCAAGGCACGAGAGCCGCACUGACGCACAAAAAAAACACCACAGGACGGAGUUAAAGUGACAAAACGCACAGCUGCUGUUGUGUUUUUGUUGAUUUCAUGAUCCCUGGAGGACAACUUCUAACUUUCACAUGGCUCUAACUGCGAUGGACCACAAACAGAGCUUCAGGAUGAAUGGGUCCGGACUUUACAGGAAAGAGGCAACUCAGGGAAAAGCUUCCAAAGUGAUCCAGGUAAAACAAAGUGAUUAUUCCAUAGAGGGGCUGCCCAAAGCGUUUCUGCACAGCCUGAGGACUCUGUUUGACAUUCUGGACGACAGCGGGAGGGGAUACGUGCACAUUUCGGAGAUUGAGAGCCGGUGGCAGGGCGCAGGCACCCAGGACCUGCCCGCGGGGGUGCUGGGGUGUCUGCGCAGGGUCGCUCCUCCACAUGGAUGCCUCUCCUUUGAGCGCUUUGUGGCGGGUUUGCGCUGCUCCAUGUUUAACCCGGAGAACCACGUGAAAGUGCAGGCAACAGUGCACCCCCAGCCAGCUCUAAAACAGCCAAAACCCGCCCCUGCCCCUGAACACAAGGUCCGUCCACUGGGCCCGAGCAAUUUGACCAACACCCAGCAUCACCUCCAGCCUCAUCUCCAGCCUCACCUCCUGCCCAGGCCGGAGGAGACUGCGCUCCCCGCGUGUGCGCCUCUGCGUCAUGGCGCGCACAGGCCGGGGAGGACUGUGGAGCGGGGCCCUGUGGCUCCUGAGGCCGGGGGUUAUCGGAUGGACCAGAAUCACGUGCCCAGGCCGGGUCACACUCACCCGGGCGGGAUCAGGUCCAUAGAGUCUCUGGAUCUAGAGUCUCCUCGCCUCUCCAGACCAAGUGGCGUUGGGAAAUCAGGUUUACCGAGAUCUCAGAGUGAAUCAGCAACAGGACUUACCGGCGGGUCCAGACGACAUGGGAGGAGUCGUGAGGACCAGAGACGGCACACUAUUUCCAACGGGGUGGACUACGGCAUGCUGAAGCAGAUGAAGGAGCUGGAGCAGGAGAAGGACUCUCUGCUGGCGGGACUCGAGGUGGUGGAACGGGCUCGGGAGUGGUACCAGAGCCAAAUCCACAAUGUCACUGAGAGACAGAGACAGAUCGGACAGAGCUCAAAGUGCACAGAUUUCUUCAAUGACGCAUCACAGUGUCGCAUGAAUGUUUUAAUCCCAAAACUCCAAGAAGUGAACCGCUGCCUGAGUGACCUCAUCACCUGCACAGGGAUGCCUAUUUCCCCCAGCGGAGGUCAGACAUCUCCAAAGUCCAGCAGCUCACAGCCUCCACCUCCAGCCCCGCCCCAAGCCAUCCAGAGACUGAAAGACCAGAACAGACUCCUCACACAGGAGGUGUCAGAGAAGAGCGAGCGCAUCACUCAGCUGGAGCAGGAGAAGUCGGCUUUGAUAAAACAGCUUUUUGAAGCUCGUGCUCGCAGUUCUCAAGACACAAGCACCUUGGACUCCACCUUUAUCUGAUAACCCCACGUGACACUUUUCAACAAACGUCUCUGUAUAAAAACUCAAAAACUGCUGUGGAGACAAACAGAAGCACUCCAAGCCUUUCGUUUACCCGACUGUCCAGACAUGACAGUAACGCACUUUUAGCCCCUUUAGCCCCUUUAGAGAAGUGAACCAUCCCAGGAGAGACUGUCGUUCAGAGGCUUUUUGUUCCACAGCAAACUCUAUGACCUUUAGAGUUCCACUAAAAAACAUUUAAGUGUUUAAUUGAAAAGUGUCUCCAGAGACCUCAUCACUCCCUUUCUUACAAGAUGGCCGCACCUGUAACUUUUCAUCUUCUGUUCCCCAAAGACUCCACGAGAUCCCACCGCAUUAGGGACAGCUCAUUGUUCCAGUCGAGACCUCUUUUGCACAGCGAGGGGAAACCAGACGGACUAAAAUGCCAUCUUUCUAACGAGUGACAAACAGUCUGCUUGCAGUGAUCUAUUUCUUAUAUUUUAGGUUUGUACUUUCAGCUAAAAAGGUGCUAAUAUUUAGUGUAAACCUGUGGUAUUUUGAGUCCACUCGCUACAGAAGAUUGUGUUUUUCAUUUGCAGUAGCACGUUGGACUUGUUAUGGCACGUUUCAGGACAGAAAUGUCACGGAAGACAGCUUUAGGAUGUAGAAGAAGAGAGACGAGAAGGUUUUGCACGUAGCAGAAAAUAAAAAGUACAGGUUGAGUGUGUCUCAGUAUGAGCUUCAUAGAUGGCACGUGUUUUACUUUGGUUUCAGUUUGGUGUUUCAGGGUCACAGCCACUGCCUUUUAGUGGUGCGUUUACACAUUUUAUUUUAUUUUCUAGAGCCAGUUUACAGCUGUGAGAACACGUUUAUUAAAUAUGUAAAACACACACGUUUAAUCACUAAGCACAACAUAAAGCGUUGACAUCGGUGGAGGUAGAUUUAACAUAAAAACAGCCUUUGUUUUGUUUUGUUUUAGAGAAAUGUGAUGGUACUUAUGGGAUAGCUGCUUUCUGAAAUGGCAGUAUAAAUAAAACACUAAUGUCUCUUUUGACUUUGUGAUUGUAAGUUUGAAGCUGCUCAAACCAUGUUCUUUGUGAGUAAAACUCUUUGUCGUCACUACGUUUAGAAUAAAUAAGGUUUUAAAAA